UUUCAAGCAUUCGCUGAAUCGUAUUGUUCAGUUUAAUUAAUCGAAAUCAUUUCGCAAAAUUUUAGCGUUGAAAUAGUUGUGACGGAUCGCGGAUAAUCGUUCCGAAACUUGUUUCUCGAAUUUUCGUUUAGGUUUCUCUUGAUUUUUUUUUGUUCUCUCAAACAAUUAACGACUUUUGAGAGCCCGUUUAUUGUAAUUUUUUCUUUGUUCUUCUUCUUCUUGUUCUUCUUCAUUUCUCUCUCUCCUCCUCCUCAAUCUCUGCUAGGGUUUGGCAUCCGACGGCUGUUGGAAGCUCCGACGCCGGCCUACUGAAGCCCUCCUCCGUCUCUGCUAGGGUUUGGCAUCAAUAAAACAAGUUUGCAGCAAUUUUUUUUUUUUUUGCUCAAUAAAAACUUCCAAAGAAACAAUGGCGGAAGUUGAUCCAUCAAAAAAAGUGGCCGACAGAUAUUUGAAGCGUGAGGUUCUUGGUGAAGGUACUUAUGGUGUCGUUUACAAAGCCAUUGAUACUAAGACGGGACAGACAGUGGCAAUUAAGAAAAUUCGGCUCGGGAAGCAAAAGGAAGGGGUGAACUUCACAGCACUUAGGGAAAUUAAACUGCUAAAAGAGCUCAAAGAUCCAAACAUUAUUGAGUUAAUUGAUGCGUUCCCCCACAAGGGAAACUUGCACCUUGUGUUUGAAUUUAUGGAGACAGACCUUGAAGCUGUAAUUCGUGACCGAAACAUAUUCCUUUCACCUGCUGACAUAAAAUCAUUUCUUCAGAUGACAUUAAAAGGGCUUGCUUAUUGCCACAAGAAAUGGGUCUUACACAGGGAUAUGAAGCCCAACAACCUGCUGAUAGGACCUAAUGGACAACUUAAACUUGCAGAUUUUGGUUUAGCACGAAUAUUUGGGAGCCCUGAUCGCAGGUUUACUCACCAGGUCUUUGCCCGAUGGUAUAGAGCACCUGAGCUAUUAUUUGGCACCAAGCAAUAUGGAUCAGGGGUGGAUGUUUGGGCUGCUGCUUGCAUUUUUGCUGAACUACUUCUAAGGAGACCCUUUUUGCAGGGAUCUAGUGAUAUUGAUCAACUAGGAAAAAUCUUUGCCGCUUUUGGGACUCCAACAUCUUCCCAGUGGCCUGACAUGGUCUACCUUCCUGAUUAUGUGGAAUACCAAUAUGUUCCUGCACCCCCUUUGCGUUCGUUGUUCCUGAUGGCUAGUGAUGAUGCUCUUGAUCUGUUAUCAAAGAUGUUUACUUAUGAUCCAAAAGCCAGAAUAUCCGUGCAGCAGGCAUUAGAACACAGGUAUUUUUCCUCUGCACCUCUGCCUACAGCUCCAGAUAAGCUCCCUAGACCUGCUCCUAAGCGUGAGUCUAAGAAUUCAGAAUUUAAUCCACAUGAGGGUCCUACUGUACUGUCACCUCCAAGAAAGUCGAGGAGAGUGAUGCCACAGCCCGAGGGUUUUGAAGGAAACACCCACCAACUUGAUAAACAUGAUGACCGCGGAGGCGAAAUCAGACUGGCGGCUGGUGAAAAUACAAGUAGGAAUGAACCAAUGCCAAUGUCUGUAGACUUUUCAAUCUUUGCUACAAAGCCCCCAAAUAGACCUACUAUUAACAGUGCUGACAGAACACAUCUAAAGAGGAAACUAGAUCUUGAGUUCCAACAUCCCGAAGAAUCUAUGCGCUGAGAUCGUGGGUGUCUUUUGCUUGAACAAUGUAACAUUGCUGGCCCUUAUAACUGAGAUGGAGGAAGCGAUACUGAAUGAAAAGAAGAUAACAGCAAUAAAAAAAAAAAAAAAAAAGAGUUAGUGGGCACAAAGAUGGUGGUGAUUUUUUUUUUUUUAAAUUUAGAAAAAACAAAUCAUAAUUCGUGGGAUGCAGAGAAUUUGUAUCAUAUCUCAUGCAAAAGCCAAAAUUUUGGAAAUUUUCUUUCCUAUUGUUCUUUUACAAAGCGUCAUUGUAAUUAAUUAUUGAGAGAUUAUUAUGGUUCCGGAUAAUUAAGUGCCGAGGCUGACUAA